AUGUCCUCCCAACAGUGCGCCUCUUCCGCCAAAGGCUUCUCCAAGGGGUCUUCGCAGGGCCCCGCCCCGACGCCCGCCCCGGCGCCCGCCGCCUCCUCCUCCUGCUGCGGCGGCGACUCAGGCUGCUGCGGAGACUCGGGCUGCUGCGGCUCCAGCUCCACCAGCUGCUGCUGCUUUCCAAGGAGGCGCCGCCGGCAGCGAAGUCGUGGCUGCUGCUGCUGUGGGGGCGGCAGCCAGAGGUCCCAGAGCUCCUGCAACAACCAGAGCUCGGGCUGCUGCUCCGGCGGCUGCUGA